AUGAACUUGUUCCAGUCGAUCAACGAUGCCCUCUCGAUAGCACUCGCCGAGGAUGAGAACGUCCUGCUGUUCGGCGAAGACGUAGCCUUUGGCGGCGUGUUCCGCUGCUCGAUGAAGCUGGCCGAGACGUACGGCGGAGACCGCGUCUUCAACACGCCGCUCUCCGAGCAGGGCAUCAUGGGCUUCGCGAUCGGCGUGGCGGCCGAGGGCAUGCGGCCGGUGGCAGAGAUCCAGUUCGCCGACUACGUGUUCCCGGCCUUCGACCAGAUGGUCAACGAGGCGGCAAAGUUCCGCUACAGGGACGGCGCCUGCGGCAGGCACGUCGGCGGCCUCACGGUGCGGAUGCCGUGCGGUGGGGUCGGUCACGGCGCGCUGUAUCACUCCCAGUCGCCCGAGAGUCUCUUCACGCACAUACCGGGCUUCCGGGUGAUAAUACCGCGGUCCCCGCUGCAGGCCAAGGGCCUUUUGCUGGCGGCGAUCAGGAGUAAUGAUCCCUGCAUUUUCAUGGAGCCUAAGGUUCUGUACAGAGCAGCUGUCGAGCAGGUCCCAGUCGCGCCUUACGAGCUGCCCCUAUCGAAGGCGGAGGUUCUGAAGGAGGGAAAAGAUGUAACACUAAUUUCGUACGGACAGCCUCUAUACAACUGCCAGGCCGCCAUCGAGAAGGCAGAGCAAGAUCUCGGGAUUUCAGCUGAGCUGAUCGACCUGCGUACUGUAUACCCCUGGGACAAGGAAUGCGUUUUCAAGAGUGUACAGAAGACUGGACGGUGUAUUGUCGUCCAUGAGGCCAUGGUCAACGCCGGCGUCGGUGCUGAAGUUGCAGCAGCAGUUCAGGAAGACCCGGCAACAUUCUUACACCUAGAAGCGCCAGUUGCAAGGGUGGCCGGAUGGAGCACGCCCACGCCGUUGCUUUAUGAGAAAUUCAACAUACCAGAUGUUGCCAGAAUAUAUGCCAGCAUAAAGAAGGUGUUGAAUUAUUAG